AUGGAUCGUGAAUUUGACGUGAUAGGACAAUACCGUGCGAUUACUGCGAAGCUAAAAAGGCGUUUUCUGAAAAAACCUAAUGUCUCUGAGGCAAGUGGUCAGUUUGGUGCUCUUGCAAAGGAGUUGAAACGACAGGACUGUCCACAAUAUGCUGGUUUCUGUAGUCUUGCCAAGGCGAGAUGUGAAAAUACGCUUUCUAAUGGAACGGGGGAAGUCGAGGCGCUUACUGAAGCUGCACGUCUGUUUUUAGAAGCAGAGAAAAAUUCCGUGGAGUUAAGGUGUCCAGCGUUCGAGGAACACUUGACUGAAGCUAUACAUCUCUUCAAUCAGGCUAUUAAAACUCACUGUGCCCAGGGUAAUUCAGCGCUAGGAGCUUGUUUGUGCCUAGAAAUAGGCGAUGCCUUGAGACAUAUGAACCGGCCCCAUGAAGCUAUGGUCCAUUAUCAACAUGCUGCUGAGUUACAGCAUCAGAAUCCCAUUGAUGCCCUGCAGUCAAUGACUUUGGUAGCCUCAUGUAAAAUUGAUACAGGCAAGUUUAAAAAGUAUAGUAUGGGGGAUUGGAUAUCUUGUAGGACAAGUACACCUCUUUUCCAAAGGCUAUGGCCUCAAUAAUCAUACUAGACUUUGUGGGAACAUAUGCUCAUUGAAUAAUUUGUUAAAAUGUUUGUAAAAAUGGUCAACAAAAAAGGUUUAACAGUUGCUCUCAUUUCCUGGAAAAUAAAAAAUUUAUAUGUAUGCAGGCAAAACUUUACCAUCAGUUACACAAGUAACUAUUUUGAAAGGUUCACUUGAAUCUUAAUUCUGUUUCAUUAUUUGCUUAACACAGGUGAUUUUGAUGGUGCCUUGUCAGUAUUAACUGAAAUGGCUUACCAUGCAGAAGAAAGAGGAACCAUGAGCCAAAAGGGAAAGUUAAAGGGACCAUACCAAGAGAUUUUAGCCCACUGUGAGAUUGGACGUAUUCUUCUGUUAAUGUUACUUCAACCAACACCACAGCGAAUUCGUCCUCAGCAUGCUCAAAUACUUGAGAAGUACUCAGAGGAUUCAGAUCCUGCUGAAAACCCUGUGGAUUACAUGAAUAAAGAUCUCUUCCUGUUGCUUCAGUCAGUGGUGAUGGUAUGUCAGUUGCAUGAUGUGGAUGCUCUUAAAGAGCUAGAGAAAGAACUAUGGACUUACCUUGAUCCUGAGCAACAGCAUCUUCUUCAUCUUAUCACUUUAAAAUUGUCAAAGAAAGGAGAAUGA